GGGCGGGUCAGCUUGGGAAUGGAAGCAAAGUACGCGGAGAAGUUAAACCGGUGAUACCGAGCCGGAGAAUCUGUAAAGAGAAGCCUUCUGAUAUAAGGAGAGGAAUAAUCUUAGAGAUUUUUCAGCAGAAGUCUUGGAGUGCAUUAACAUUGCUUAAGAAAAAAAAAUGACUACUCUUGAAUGUUUAGAAACCAAUGCCACCCUUACUUCGACCCCAAUCCGAGGAGCAGGAGAUGGAAUGGAAACUGAGGAGCCACGUAAAUCUGUUGAAAUUAGUUCUGGUGUCCAGUCCAUAAAGCAUUCCAUCCGUCAGAGUGCAAGGAAGAAACCAUUUGCCUCAGAGAGCCCAGGAGUUCUUCAGCUAGGGAAGAUUCUCAAUGAAAAAGCAGUGGAAGUUGAAGCUGUAAGAAUAUUAGUUCCCAAAGCUGCUAUAACCCAUGAUAUCCCCAACAAAAAUGCAAAGGUUAAGUCUCUGGGGCAUCAUAAAGGAGAGUUCCUUGGUCAGUCAGAUGGAGCUAUGGAACCUAGGAAAGAACUGUCUGAGGUGAAGAAUAUAUUGAAAAAGCUCAAGAAUUCUGAAAGGAGAUUACUGAAGGACAAAGAAGGUCUUUCAAACCAGCUCCGAGUUCAGACAGAGGUAAAUCGUGAGUUAAAGAAGUUGCUGGUAGCUUCUGUUGGGGAUGAUAUUCAGUAUCACUUUGAACGUCUAGCCCGUGAGAAAAAUCAGCUUAUCUUAGAAAAUGAAGCCCUAAGUCGAAACACAGCUCAGCUUUCUGAACAGUUAGAACGGAUGUCAAUACAGUGUGAUGUGUGGCGAAGUAAAUUCCUUGCAAGCAGGGUUAUGGCAGACGAGUUAACCAGCUCCAGAGCAGUUUUACAGCGUCAAAGCCGUGAUGCACAGAGCGCGAUACAAGAUCUCCUGCGUGAACGAGAGCAGUUUCGCCAGGAAAUGUUAGCUACACAGAAAUUAUUGGAGGAGCUUUUAGUCUCUUUGCAGUGGGGACGAGAGCAAACUUACUACUCUAAUGCACAACCCCACAGCACAGCAGAACUGGCAUUGACAAAUCACAAGUUGGCAAAAGCAGUGAAUUCUCAUCUUCUUGGAAAUGUUGGCACUAAUAGUCAAAAAAAGAUUCCAUCAGCAGUUGAAUUUUGCAGCACCCCAGCUGAAAAAAUGGCUGAAAUGAUUCUACGCAUUUUGGAUCCUGUUGCCUGUGCAGAAAACUCAUCUGGUAACCCAUUUUCUGAGUCGUCACCAACUACUUUACUUGCUACAAAGAAAAACAUGGGACGGUUUCAUCCCUAUACUAAAUAUGAAAAUAUAACUUUCAAUUGCUGCAAUCACUGCCAGGGAGAACUUCUUGCCCUCUAGCACUCAGUGUUUGGAGGCCUGUUA